AUGGCUUCAGAAAGCACCCCAGUCACCCAGCAAAUAGGCAGGAAUAUGGAAUGGAGGGCUGCUGAUCUCUCUGAUUCACUCUACCACCCAGAUCUAGAGCUCGCUGCAAGUUGUCUGCUGAGGGACAGGAAUGGCAAGAGCUUUGAGUUCAGAGACCUUUACAGGGAUAGGAAGGCAAUCAUAAUCUUUGUGAGGAAUUUCCUGUGCUACACUUGUAAAGAGUACGUGGAAGAUCUGGCCAAGAUUCCCAAAAGUUUUCUACAGAAAGCAGAUGUCAGACUUAUUGUUAUUGGUCAAUCCUCAUAUCUUCAUAUACAGAAUUUUUGCUCCAUAACAGGAUAUCCUCAUGAAAAUAUAUGUUGAUAAUGACAAAGAAGUAUAUAGCAAGCUAAGAAUGAAAAGGGGAGAAACAUCAACUUCAUCAGCUGGGAGUCCCCAUGUCAAGUCAAACAUCAUCACUGGGAGUAUUAAAAGUAUAUGGAGAGCAAUUACAAGUCCUGCAUUUGAUUUUCAAGGUGACCCAGCACAACAGGGUGGAGCAAUAAUAGUAGGUCCAGGUAACAAGGUCCAUUUCCUGCACCGUGACAUGAACAGAUAUGAUCAUGUUCCCAUUAGUUCUCUUCUUAGGUAUGCAGGAGUAGAAACAAUUAUUUUUGGUAAUCAACGACCGAUAUUAGAAGUUUGA